GCCGGAAAAAUCAACUCCUCCCCUUGAUGUUUCUUCUGCUUCUUCUUCUUCUUCUUUUCCUCCUCCUCCUCCUCCUCCUUCGCCAUCACUAUCACCACCACCUCCUCCUCCUUUCUCCUCCUUCUCUUUUUUUACUUGCGAUUGAUCACUCCAGUUGGAGUCCCGUGAAGAGAAAGAGAGUCGACGAGAGAGCGAGAGAGAGAGAGAAAAAGAAAGAGAGUGAGAGAGACAGAGAGAAGACACAUUCGCCUGUGCUCUUCUUCUCUCCUCUCCUCUUCUUUCCUCUCCUCUAUUCCCUGUGCGCGCGAGCACGAAUACGAACGAACACGAACGAGCGUGAACGCGAGCCUGAACGUUAAACGUGAACGUGAACGUAGCGUGCACUUUCAGUAGCAGGCCUUUUACAUAUAUUUAACAAGAGUAGUAACGUAAAAGAGAAAGAUGGAAAAAAAGGAAAAGAGAUGGAGUGUAUGUGUGUGUGUGUGUGUGAGAGAGAGAGGGAGAGAGAGAGUGAGCAAGCGCGCGCGCUCGCGCGCGUGUGUGUGUGUAUGUUGUGCGUUGUGUCGUGUGCGUGUGUGUAUAAGUGAGCGCGAAAGAUACGAGACAGAGGGUUCGAGGAGAAGCCGGAUUCAGUGCGCCCGGCAUCGUGGAGGGAGGGAGAGAGGGGGGUUGGGCUCGAGUCGCCAUUUAUCCGGCCGUUUUACUCGUCCAUCGUAUUAUCGUCGUCGCGAAAACGAGAGAGAGAGAGAGAGAGAGAGAGAGAGAGAGAGAGAGAGAGACCGGCCGACAGAAAGAAAGACAGGGAGAGUCAGAAAAAGAAAGAGAGAGAGAGAGACAGACAACGCCGUGAAGACAAUAGGCGAUGCGCGCGUUCCGAAGAGAGAUCGUUUCGUUUUAUCUCUCGUUGCGGAACACCCGUUUCUCUUUCUUUCUCUCUCUCUCUCUCUCUCUCUCUCUCUCUCUCUCUCUCUCUCUCUUCCUUUUUCUCCUCUCUUUUUCAUUCUGUUUCUCUCUUUCUUUUACGCGCGCUCUUGUGUGCAAUGUAGCGUGGCGUCGCGCCAAAGUGGAAUUUCGGCACCAACCUGUUAUCUCCUUCGGCAUUCCUCCCUUCUAUCCCCUCUCCUUCCCUUCAUCUCUCUCUCUCUCUCUCUCUCCCUUUUCUUUAUUUUCUUUCUUUUCUUCCUUCCUUUCUUUCUUUUUCUUUAUUCUUAUAUCAUCAUACUAGUAUUAUCUUCUUCGUUAUUCACGCGUGUACGAGGAUUAACGUUACAAACGAAUCCCCUUUCUCGACGUCGACGUCGACGUCGACGUCGUCGUCGUCGUCGUUCUGCCGGUAACUACAUCGAUCGUUGUUGUAGGUUAGAGUCCGGCUAGUAACGAUCUUCUAGUAGUGACUUUCGUAAGGUGUGGAGGGAGAUGCUAUGUUCUCUUUCCUAGUCGGUUUUUUUUUUUUUUUUUUUUUUUUGAAGGGGAAAAAGUACGAUAAGGAGAUAGAUACCUCCUCUCUAUAUAUCUGUAAUAUAUAUAUAUGUGUGUGUAUAUGUAUAUAUAUAUAUGUAUGUAUGUGUUUCGGGUAGUACAUAUAUAGCAAGAGAUGAACCCCGUUCGUCCCUGUAUUUUUCUCUUUCUCUUUCUCUUUACGUUUGCCUUUCUCUCUCUCUCGCUCGAUCGCUCGCUCGCUCGCUCGCUCGCUCUUCGCCUUCGCUUGUCGUUUUCUCUCUCUCUCUUUCUCUUAUCGGAAUCGACCGAGUCCAUUGCCCCCGCGAGUUUAUUGACCGCCAUGAAG